UGCGCGCGCUCAGUUGAAGCAAAGACGCGAAAUAAAUCAGCUGCUGUCAAUCAUGUUAAUUAGUGUCGCUCAAAAGCAGAUUUUCGCUUAUGAACUUUAGAUUUUAUUCGUGUUCUAAUUUUAUUCUCGGGAGAAAAACAAUGUCGCCUGCAAUUACACGAGCGAGCUCGAGGCUCGCUUCAGGGAAGGAGAAGGCUUCAGCGCCGUAUUUUCUCCGAUCCAGAGCUCCUUUAGGAAACGCGUCUAAUCUGAUUGGUCUUCACAGAGCUGCAGAGCCAAAGAGACAAAAAGCUGCACGUGUGAAGAAGGAGAACGCAAGAGCCAAGAGCGCAGCAGAUGAUGAGCAGAUCUCAGGGCUGUGUGAGCCGGUCAAGCAUCCGGUCCCACACACCGAUGAAGCGAUUCUGGACUCAGAACAUCUUCAGAAUCCGGCCGCUGCUCCUCAGGCUUUCUCCAGCCUGCUGCUCAACAUCAUUCCAGAUGUGGAUUCUGCUGAUGCUCUCGAUGCUCAGAUGUGCAGCGAAUAUGUGCAGGAUAUCUACGCUUAUUUACAACAGCUCGAGGUUACGAUGGCCAUCAAACCGCAUUACCUGGAAGGUCAAGAGGUGAGCGGAGCCAUGCGUGCGGUUGCCAUCGACUGGCUCAUGCAGGUGCAGCGAGAGUUCAAACUGCGUCAGGAGACCUUCUUCAUGAGCGUCGGCAUCAUCGACCGUUUCCUUCAGAAUAACCCGGUGCCCAAGAAGUAUUUUCAGCUGGUGUGUGUGACCGCAAUGCUGAUCGCGUCAAAGUAUGAGGAGAUCUAUCCGCCCACAGUGGGAGACUUUGCGUUUGUGACGGACGGCGCGUUCACCUGUGGAGACAUACGGAAGAUGGAGCGGAUCGUUCUGAAGAGGUUGAAUUACAGCCUCGGGAGACCCGGCCCUGUUCACUUCCUACAGAGGGCUUGUAAGGUUGGCCAAGCGAGUCCGAGGGACCGUGAGCUGGCGAUGUUCCUCCUGGAGCUCGGAGCGCUGGAUUACGAGCUCAUCCAUGUUCCUCCGUCCCUCAUGGCAGCGGCUGCGUUUGCGGCGUCGCUCCGGAUUCUGGGCUCUGGAGACUGGAGCGUCAGUCUGCAGCAUUACACCGGCUACGACGAGGAGACUUUAGCUCCGGUGAUGCAGGCUGCCGUUCGCACGCUGCAGACGGUCACUGAGGAAGGAAAGUUGCAUGAGAUGAAGAGGAAGUACGUGAAGGUGUCUUCAAGAGUCUGCGAGAACGACAGAUUCUCCGGCGAGCGUGUGGCCAAACUCCUCUGCUGAUUGUUUUAAGGCACUUUAAUGAGUUUUUAGGCACUUGAAUCUUUUUAAUUAUACUUUUAAUCCCAUAUUUUUUAAAAAAAAUGUAUUUAUCAUUCUAAAUUGUCAGGCUGCAUGAUCAAUAGUAAUUUUGCUCUGAUAUUUUUAUGAAUGAACUGAUGUAUUUAAUUGUUGAUGCUGCAACAAUGUCAAUAAAUGAUGAUACAAAUUUCA